UCGAAAACCUAAACCCUUGCCAUCGCCUCCAACCUCUAAUCCCUGACUCGGCCGCAGAGAGAGCAACCAUGGUUGCCGUGAAGAAAACGAAGAAGACCCAUGAGAGCAUCAACAACAGGCUCGCUCUCGUCAUGAAGAGUGGCAAAUACACUCUCGGUUACAAAACCGUCAUCGACUCUCUUCGCAGCUCCAAGGGGAAGCUGAUCAUAAUCUCCAACAACUGCCCCCCUCUCCGCAAGUCCGAGAUCGAAUACUACGCCAUGCUUGCCAAGGUUGGGGUCCACCACUACAAUGGAAACAAUGUUGAUCUGGGGACAGCAUGUGGAAAGUACUUCCGUGUUUCAUGCCUCAGCAUUAUUGAUCCAGGUGAUUCGGAUAUUAUCAAGUCGCUGCCUGGUGAUCAGUGAGAGGUGCUUUGGAUAUUGCUUCUAAAUUAAGAGUAGUAUUAUUGUAUCUCUAGGCUUCGUAUCUCUAUUUACCGAGGAUGAAAUACUUUUCUUUCUUUAUAAGUUUCCAGAUUCUUUUGAUCUUAUUUAUUAUGCGACUUGAUGCAUGGUGUUACCAGAACUCAUUUGAAGUGGGGACAAUUGCAUUUUGGUUCCAUUGUCUUUAAAUUUUGCUAUUCCUUCA